AGAGAGAAGGAGAUCCCUACAGACGGACAGAGGAACACAAGAAUACACUUUGAUAUAUCUGAUAAUUUCUCUUGCGUGAGCAUGUCUGCUGCUGUGACUCUAGCGCUGCUGUUCUUCUUCUCUGUGGCACUGAAGGAGGUCAAGGGCUGCAGCUGUGCUCCAGGACACCCGCAGCAGCUCUUCUGCAUGUCUGACAUAGUGAUUCGAGCUAAGGUCAUUGGAAAGGUGAACAGCACUCGCCCUCAAUUAACUGCAUACAAAAUCCAAACUAUUCAGACAUUUAAGCAAUUAGACAAGAAGAGAAUUCAGGUCAUCAACACAAGGUCCACUCAAACUUUUUGUGGCAUCAAUCUGGAAAACGGACGGUAUCUGCUGUCAGGACCUGUCCAGGACGGCAGGGUCGUUCUUGAUUUAUGUGACCGUGUGGAGCCUUGGAACCAACUCUCCCGAGUUCAAAAGGUGUACCUCAGCAGGUAUCAGAGAGGCUGUGUCUGUGAGAUCUCGCCCUGUACUGGAGCGUCCUGUUUGAUCAAGAUUCUUCAGAAAAAAUGUCUGAUGAGAGUCAAUAAUUCAUUCAUUCUUGAUGAUGAAGAGGCUCUUCAGUCUAUUUGCCUGCCAGGCAGUGGUGGCUUCUGCAGUUGGCGAAGAUUUCUUAAGUAACUACAAAAGCUCCUAAAAAUGAUGCCCUGAAGAACAAGUGCAUCAGCCAUUCGUCAGUGUGCAUUUUUGCCCUUUUGUUCUCCAGAAUGCUUAAAACAUUUUGAAAUGAAUUUAAACAAUUUAAUGAAGCUUUGCAAUGCAGUCAGCAAAUACAUACAAAACACUGUUUUCAUGGAGAUAUGCAAUCAACCAUUAAACUAUUUUGCAUGUAAAA